CAUCAGGUUCUUACCUUCCCCGUCCUUGGUUGACUGCUCAGAUCGCCGCCACAGUUCUCCGCAUGCGCUUCUCCGCCAAGAUGGCGGCGCCCAUGCAGGCACAUUCAGAUGAGGAGGAAGCAGGUCAGGAGCCAAGGCUUCGAGACACCCCUGAAGACAUUUCCCUUGAGGCUGCAGCAAAUACCAUUGCCUUUCACCCUAGCCAAGAUAUCAUAGCUGCUGGAGAUGUAGAUGGUGAUGUCUAUGCGUAUUCGUUUUCCUGUCUGGAGGGUGGGAACAAAGAGCUUUGGUCCUCAGGGCAUCAUCUCAAAUCCUGCCGGGAAGUGUCCUUUUCCCCUGAUGGACAAAACCUGCUUGGUACAUCUGCUGUCUCCCUGGCCAUGUUUUCCAGAGCUCUUCACAGUAUCCAAGGAUAAAUGCAUUCAUAUCCUGAAUGUGGAGGAUGGCCGCCUGGUGACACGGUUUUCCAAGGCACACAGCUCUGCCUUGAAUAGCCUGCUGGUGAUAGAUGAGCAUUUGUUUGCCACGGGAGAUGACAGUGGGGAACUGAGAGUGUGGGACUUGCGCAAGGGCACCUCCAUCAUGGAAAUGAAGCAGCACGAAGAGUACAUCAGCGGCAUGGCCCUGGACGCGAACAAGAAGCUGCUGCUGACAUCCAGCGGUGACGGGACCAUGGGGGUUUUCAACAUUCGAAGGCGGCGCUUUGAGCUGCUCUCUGAACCACAGAACGGAGACCUGACAGCUAUCUCUCUGGUGAAGAGAGGAAGGAAAGUGGCCUGCGGCUCCAGCGAAGGCACCAUUUACCUCUUCAACUGGAACGGUUUCGGUGCUGCCAGUGACCGUUUUGCCUUGAAGGCGGAGUCCAUAGACACCCUGGUCCCUGUCACAGACAGCAUCGUGUGUACAGGCUCCACUGAUGGAGUCAUCAGGGCUGUGAAUAUCUUGCCCAAUCGGGUGAUCGGCAGCGUUGGGCAGCACACAGGGGAACCCAUUGAGCAGCUGGCCAAGUGUCCCACCAGCCCCUUCUUGGCCAGCUGUGGCCAUGACCAAAAGGUCAAGUUCUGGGACAUUUCCUCACUCAACUCCGUGGUUGUGGAUGACUACAGGAAAAAGAAGAAAAGUGGUCAGCUCAAAUCCUUGAGCCGCAAAGCAAUCGGUAGCGGAGAGGAUUUCUUCGCAGGUUUGAGAGAAGCAGCAGAACCAGAGGAGAAGGAAGAUGACCAAAGUAGUGACACGGACAGUGACUGACAUGGAUCAGAGUUUGUGGGACUCACUCCCCACAAAAGAUGCUCGUAGGGACGGAUUGCAAAGGGAGCCUGUGUAGGCAACGGUCCCACCUUCUUCCAGGCAUUACUGCUGUGACUUGACCCUGUUGCUUAGCCUGAGCUGCCCAAGUCAUCAGCGCACACUUCUGGAACGCCUUCUUGAGAGAGGCAGCUGAGGGUCUCUUGGCAACCUGGAAGGAGAAUUAGCCCUUUCUGUGCUGUCAGGAUGUUCUCUUGGAAGGAAGGACAAAGACGCUGCUGUAUCUCGCUAAUCGUUGUGUUCGGAACAUACAUAUUCUAUGUAUAUGGACUGGCUUCCGUGCCGCGACAAUGCUAAAUUAUUUAUAUUUAAAAUCACAUGAUUUGGACAGGAUAGAAUGCUGAUACUUUUUUGAAGAAAGCAGCUAAGCCACUUGGGGCAAAACUGUGUCAAUCAUCCAUUAAAAACAAGGAAUUGA